GCGGGGAUCGGAAUGUUUCCUUCCCAUCUGCGAAUAGCACAGCCACGCCACACGUCCUGCCCUCUUAAUUUAUUGUUGUCAUUGACCGCCGCGUCCUCCUCCUCUGCCACCGCUUAUCAUCGUCCAGCCCAUUCUAUGCCGCGCGUAUGAUGCUGCCCAUGAAUUCGUCCGUCAAGGAGAAGGAGAAACUCAUCCGCAGUGCCCAACCGCCCUGGACGCGUCCCAUUCUGCUGAGGAUCCCCGGCGUUCCCGACCGCGCCCUCCGCGUCCUCAUUCCCAACACCUCCCGCCUACAACAGAUGCGCCUUCCACGGAACGGGCGAAGAAGGGGGCCAAUCCUGCUCUGCUGCGCGCUCGUCGCCGCGCUCUUCACCCUCAUCAUCCUCACGCGCAAACCGCACAAGAAUAACGACUGGGCGCAGCCGUGGCAGCCCGUCCAGGAGGGUGAUCCCUCAACGCUCGUCUUCCAGCGCGAGCACCUCCAGCGAAUUUGGGAGUGGGAGAUCGCCUCGGGCCACUACCCCAGCCGGCGCAGCAUUCCCCGCCAGAUUGGACUGAAAGACGAGCCGCUGAAUCCUGCGUUGCCCGCACAGGGCAGCAAACCCCCUCCCUCGCGAUACCGCCCACCGCCAAACGUCGUCACCACUAGCGCGGACACGGACACGCUCGGAGUUGGGUACAAGCGCGUUUACCUUGAUAUCCAGGCCGCCCCUCCCAAUGUUGCCUACCCGCCGCGGCCUGUGCCCGGCAGCGCGGCGGAUAUGGACAUCGUCAUGAAGUACUGCGAUUUUUCCGAAAACAAGGUACGCGCGAGCCCCGAUUUUCUGCCGCCUGGUCGUAAUCAUACUAUCUCCCACAGUACGUCCGCGACUGCUUGGAAGUGCUCAGAUUAGGCGGCGGCCUCGAUAAUGGCAAGCGCGUGCG